AUGAAGCUAUCUCGCUCCCUCCUUGACCUCGCGGCCCUCAGCCUAACCCUGGCAUCAACUGCCUCUGCCGCCCCAUCCACCCCAUCUCCCGACCUCACCCCCGACAACACACCACACUUCCAAAUCGACCUCUCCACUGUCCCAACAGGCCUUUCCGCCCGCGACACCGACACAACCAUCGACCACUCCCUGUCAUCGCACAACUUCUUCGGCAACGAGGAGUGGGCCGUCGCGAUCCGCCCCGGCGUGGGCCCCGUCUGGAUCCACAGUUCGCGCUGGAAGACCCUCCUCGAAGAGCCAGAGAACACCUCCGUGAUCGAAAGCGGUGCUGCAGAUGCAAAUGGCACCUCCACCCUCGAAGCCCGCCAGUGGUACGGAUACGGCUAUGGAUACGGCUACAACUCCUACUACCCUUACUACGGCUACGGCUCUGGCUACCAGUACUACGCCAAGCGGGAUGCAGCUCCAGAUGCAGCCGGAGACGCGCCUGCAGCCGGGACGUUGGCGAAGCGGGAUACCUGUCCCGCGCAGACUGGAUACAACAUCGGGUGCAACAAGGUUACCGACUAUGCCAACUCCGCCUCGUUCUACGGCUACAAUGGGUAUACGAGGAACGGCUGGGCGCCGAAGAUGAAUGUGUACUCGGACACCACCUGCAAUUCGUACCUGACAUCGGUUAUUGGGGAUGCGUCGUGUUUGACUGCUUCUGUGAGGAUUCAGGGCAUUAUCACGUUUAAUCAGCAGUUGUGA